AUGUCAAGUAAGAUAGCUAUUGUAACCGGCGCUAAUAAGGGUCUAGGGUACGCUAUUGUGAAAGGUUUAUGCAAAAAAUUCAAUGGGAUCGUGUAUUUAACAGCAAGAGAUGAAUCUAGAGGCUUGGAAGCUGUGAAAAAACUAAAUGAAUUAGGCUUAAAACCAAGAUUUCAUGUCCUAGAUGUAAGUAACAAAGAUAGUAUUAAAAAGUUCGAAGAUUUCCUUAAAUCAGAACAUAAUGGAAUAGACGUUCUAGUGAACAACGCAGCCAUUUUGGAAUGGGACCAAGUAUAUCCGUCUUAUGAAGCUGCAAAACGUAACAUUGAUAUAAAUUACCGUAGCUUGUUAUAUAUUGAGGAGUUUUUAUACCCUUUGCUCAAUGUUGGGGCUAGGGUUGUCAACAUUUCUAGUGCGUGUGGACACCUUUCCAAUUUACGGAAUGAAAAAUGGCUUAAAAAAUUAACUAAAGAAGACCUAAAAACUGAAGACAUUAACGAAUUCGUCAACGAAUAUUUAGAGAGUGUGAAGAAUGGGACGUUUAAUAAAAAUGACUUCGCAGAUCAAGGUAAACAUGCUGAACAUAGAGUUUCUAAAAUCGCUUUGACAGCUUUGACGAUGGUACAGCAAAGAAAAUAUGACAGUAUGAACGUUUCUAUUAACGCUGUCCAUCCAGGAAGUGUCAAAACUGAUAUGGCACGAGGUAGAGUGAAAUCUAUACAUACAAUGGCUUCAUUUGCCGCCCAAGCAGCUCUCAGAUCACGAUGGAGUUCUUUAAUAGAAUCGACCAGUGUAGAUGUUCCUGGAGAUGUGACUGACGGUGUCCGAUCAGUCGUUGGAUGGUUGAAACAGGCGUCUUUGGAGGUGAGGCAAGUUGGUAGACGAGCUGUAAGCCAAUUGUCAGGACGAGGCAUGGGCGAUGACUUACUGAUUUUACAUUUUAAUGAUGUUUAUAACAUCGAACAAACGACAAAUACAGAGCCGGUGGGAGGUGCACUAAGGUUCAGUACAGCGGUGAAAGCUUUACAGCAUCUCAAUCCUCUAGUACUAUUUAGCGGAGAUGCAUUUUCACCUAGCAUGUUGAGCACUUUCACAAAAGGCGAGCAAAUGGUACCGGUUCUAAAUGAAAUAGGUACACAUUGUGCUGUGUUUGGAAAUCAUGAUUUUGAUUUCGGUCUGGACGUUCUAUCGAACUUGGUAUCCCAAUGUAACUUCCCAUGGCUCAUGUCUAAUGUCAUAGACAACGAGACAGGAAGGCCUUUAGGGGAUGGGAAAAUAACCCAUGCUUUAAUGUGUAAUGGCCAUAAAAUUGGACUCAUUGGUUUGGUUGAACAGGAAUGGUUAGAAACUCUGGCAACAAUAAAUCCCGAAGAAGUCACGUUUAUAGAUUUCCUUCAAGCUGGAACGAAGUUGGCGUCGCAAUUAAAACAAGAGGGUUGUGAAUACGUAAUAGCUCUCACCCAUAUGAGGACACCAAACGACGUUAAAUUAGCAGAAGGCUGUACCGAUAUUGAUUUGAUUUUGGGCGGACAUGACCAUGUGUAUGAGGUUUUAGAGAUAAACAACAAAUAUGUAGUGAAAAGUGGCACUGAUUUUCGACAGUUCAGCAAAAUUAACAUCAAUUUUAGUACAGAGACGGCUCAAGUCGAGAUUUCAGAAGUGAAUGUGAACAGCUCGUACGCGGAAGACCCAGUUUUAAAGGCGAAAGUGGAAAAAUACUCGUCAAUGAUAGAUGGCAAAAUGGACGAAGUGCUGGGAAAGUUCUAUGUUCCUCUAGAAGGAAGGUUCUCAGUAGUUCGCCGGCAGGAGUGUAAUCUAGGCAAUUGGGUGUGCGACGUCCUGUUGGCUGCCACUGCGGCUGAUCUAGUGGUGUUGAAUUCUGGGACUUUCAGAUCUGAUCAGGUUCAUCCCGCUGGAGAUUUCACCCUUCGUGAUCUAUCAACGAUCAUCCCGAUGAGAGAUCCCAUAGUAGUAGUGGAGGCGACCGGAGAGACUGUCCUCAAAGUUUUGGAGAAUUCAGUCUGCAAAUAUCCUAGUUUGGAGGGAAGGUUUCCACAGGUAGCUGGCAUAUCAUUCGCCUUCGACCCAUCAAAGCCACCAGGCGAGAGGGUAGCGGAACAAGUGGUGAAAAUAGGGGAUGAAUAUCUGCAACGGGAUCAGAAAUAUAGGCUCGGCAUCAAACAAUACUUGCAUGCUGGCAACGAUGGGUUUACGAUGCUACGACAGUGCCCUGUACUGGUACCAGAAGAUAUGUGUCCAGAAAUCGGUAUGGCGAUACAGAAUCACUUCGCGGCGAUUAACGUGAGAACGGGGAAGUCCCGGCCGUCUAAGCAUAGACAAUCUUUGGUCACUUUAAGUCGAAGACACAGUUUAGUAAAAAUGUUAGAGAACAGCGAGUUAGACGGUCCCCCGCCAAUGAGGAGAGCCUCAUCGACUACAGUUGAGCCCCCUCCUCAUAAUACUCAUCAUAGGUUAACCCGUCGUGCUUCGUUGGAUGAUUUGGAGCAAAAUGCAUGUGAACUGGCGCCCAAAAUUGAAAAUAGGAUAAUUAUUCUGGAUAAGCCUGAGAAAAUACAAGAGCUUCUAGCGGAAAGAGCGCGAUGGGAAUCCGACUUUGUUAUAAAAGAAGUGGAUGAUGAAAAUUCACCC